UUCCUUCCUAGCCUUCGCUUCACUUAUCUAGGGUAUGCAUUUUUCUAAAAAGGAAAAAAAAAUGAGCAAGAGAGAAAGAGAAAGAAGCAAUGGGAGUUGUUAGAAGAAAAAUGGAGAGUUUAUUUCACAUUCUAAUUUCUACUUGCCUGGCUUUUGGGAUCUCUGGUGGUUUUCUUAUUAUCCAUGAGCUAAAACAGCAAUGUAUUUAUGAAAGCAAUAAAACAGUAUAUGUGGGAACAUGCAACCUGACCAAUAUAAACCAGCAGUGGAGAUGGAUGAAGAAUGAAAAGCUCCUCCAUGUUAGAUCUGGCCAAUGUCUGGCUAUCAGCAGGUUUAAGGCGGCCCAUUCGCGCAAAGCCAUCACCACCAACUGCUCUGAGGCACCCAGUUGGACCUGUCACAGCAGGGAAGGACUCCUUGAGGUGAAAAACAGCUUUCUGUUCCUCAAGAAACAAGGCUCGACGGUAGUAGUGAAGAUGGGGAGGAAAUACCUUCAUAGUUGGAAAAGAAUUGACGUCAGCAAGAAGGGAGAGACUCUCCAUGACAACCUGUGCUCAAGGAAUGAUUUUGAAGAUGCUGAAACAUUUGUUCGAACUACUAGAAGCACAGCCCUUACAUUUAAUUCUAUAACACACAGUCCACAGAAUGUUCUUGGCACUAGCAGUACGGUGGUUUUCAUCAGCAAUGUCACAGAAAGCAACAGUAAAAACAUGGGCAAAGUCAACCCUACCCAGAAUGUACUUGAAGUGACAAAAACACCCUGGAUUCCCACACCUACCCAUCAUUUCUCUACCACCAAAGAACAGAGUGGUCUAGGAGCUCCAGUAAAAUGCACCAUCAACCAGACAGAUUGGAAGGUCUCCAGCCAGUCUGUUCAUCUCAGGUGGGACAGUUUGGGAUAUCCCUGUAACUUCAGCGUUACCUGCAACUCCCACAAUGCUUUGUACAGGGUUUGCCAGCCCAUCCAGAAAGUCAACGGUUCCUAUGAAUGUGACUACAAUGGCUUGGAAGCAGGGACUUGGUACCAUAUCAGGAUUGUCUCUCUGUCUGAUGGAGAAACCAGCAAUAUCACAUUGCAAACAGACCCCUUGCCACCUGCGAGAUUUGAAAUUAAGAAAGAAGGAAUUACAACCACAACCUUGCAGGUGUGGUGGAGCCCAUCCUUAGGAAAAGUAGACUGGUAUGAGCUGCAGUUACUUGAGAGUAACACCAACAAAGUCCAUGAGGUCCAAGUUCCUGGAGGCCUUUCAAGAAAUGAACAGACAUUUGCCAAUCUCACCCCUGGAAGCAGAUACACUAUAUCGAUCAGUGCAGCUGCUGGAAAUAAAAAGAGCCCUUCAACUAACAUCAGUGGUUCUACUGCUCCUUCUCCAGUAGAAAAUAUCCAGGUCUUAGUCAAGGCUGAAACAAUCCAUGUUUCGUGGUUGCCAGGUGGUGGAAAUGUGGAUCAAUACGGGCUGGUUUUGCUGGAUAAAGAUGGUCCAGUUCAACAAACGGAUCUAGAGAAACACUAUUUGGCAUACAAUUUUUCAGGACUAACACCAGGACGUCUGUAUAAUCUCACUGUCAUUUCCAAAGCUGCAGGGCUGGAGAACUACAAUUUUAGACUAAUUAGGACUGUUCCAGCCAAAGUUUUAGAUUUGGUGGUAACUAAUGACGGCAGCUUGGAUACCCUAAAAGUGACGUGGAAGGGGCCUCCAGGAAACCUUGAUUUCUACAAUGUCACUUUGUUUCAUCUCGGAUCUGUUAAAGAAAGGAAGUCUUUAGAGUCACAUGUUACAGGGACAUACUUCAACAAACUAGUAUCGGGACGUCUUUAUCAAGUUGAUGUCAACACAGUCAGUGGUGAAUUGUUCACUGAAGCGACAGCAUAUGGCAGGACAGUUCCCCAGAAAGUUUCAGAGCUGAAAGCCGACAGCAUGGGCUCAUUAAGAGCUCUGAAAGUGAACUGGUUGCCCCCUACUGGAGACUGGGAGAAGUACUGUAUUGUGCUGUUUGACCAUGCUACGGUGCUGCUGAAUACUACAGUGGAGAAAGACCAAAGGGAAUAUAUUAUCACUGGUUUAAGGCUUAUUCCAGGAAGACAGUAUGAGGUGGAAGUUACUGUCAUAAGUGAAGACUUGAAGAACACAGCACGCUGCAAAGGCAGGACAGCUCCACAGCCAGUCCUCCAGCUCCGCGUAAAGCACGCCAAUGAAUCCUCUCUCACCAUCAUGUGGGUGACGCCUCUGGCUGAGUGGGAUGGUUAUGUGGUUUCACUGGGAGACAGAAGCCUCACGGUCAUAAACAAGGCUCUUGCAAAAGAAGCCAAAGAAUUCACUUACACAGACCUGUUACCUGGACGGAAGUACACGGCUACAGUCACCAGCAUAAGUGGGGAUCUGAGCAAUAGGACUUCUGUUGUGGGACGCACAGUUCCGGCACAAGUGACAAGUUUAAAUGUGGCAAACCAAGGAACAAGCAACAGCCUAUUCACCAGCUGGAUAAGGGCCCACGGAGAUGUGGAUUCUUACCAAGUCUUACUCAUUCAUGAAAACGUUGUCAUAAAAAAUGAAAGUGUUCCUAGCGACACCAACAAAUACCACUUCCAGUCUCUAAAACCUGGAGGGCUCUACUCAGUGGUUGUCACCACAGUUAGUGGAGGAGUAUCUUCAAGACAAGCAAUCGCAGAAGGGAGAACAGUUCCUUCCAGUGUAAGCGGAGUAACCGUGAACAAUUCAGGGCGGAGCGAUUACCUCAGUAUUUCCUGGCUGCCAGCUGUUGGAGAUGUAGACAGCUAUUUGGUAACACUCUCUCAUAAAGGGCAGACUGUUCAUACUGUCACCAUUGCAAAAUCUGCCAAUGAAUGUUCCUUCAACACCCUCACUCCUGGGCGACUCUAUGAUGUGACAAUAACUACAAAGAGUGGAAAAUAUGAAAAGCAAUCCUUCAGUCAGGAAAGAACAGUGCCUUCAAGAGUCCAGGGACUUACAGUGAGCAAUUCUGCAAGAAGUGACUAUUUAAAGGUGUCUUGGCAACACGCCACAGGAGACUAUGAUAAUUAUGAAGUGAUCAUCAAGCACAACAAUGACUUCAUCCAAACAAAAACCGUCCCCAAGGAUAAAAACGAAAGUGUGUUCACUAACUUGGUUCCAGGCAGACUUUAUAGUGUCACGGUCAGCACAAAGAGUGGAAAAUAUGAGACUAGUGAAAGGGCCAGUGGAAGGACAGUCCCAGAAUCUGUAAAGAAAUUGACUCUAAGUGGUAAAAGCACUGAAGAGCUGUAUAUUACUUGGUCCAAAGCUGAUGGUGAUGUUGAUCAGUAUGAGAUACAGCUUCUGUUCAACGACAUGAAGGUUUUCCCACCCAAUCACCUUGAGAACACCUUUGAAGAAUUCAGGUUCACAUCUCUAACUCCAGGACGCCUUUACAAAAUUGUUGUCAUCACAAUUAGUGGAAAAGCAGAACGAGCUACUUUUAUACAAGGACUGACAGUUCCAAGCGCUGUCAAAAACAUUCAUAUUUCACCCAACGGAAUGACGAACAGCUUGAAAGUGGUUUGGACCCAUGCAGGAGGAGAUGUUGAUUCCUACACGGUCACAAUAUUCCAUCAGAACCACCCCCUUGAUACCCAGACCGUUUCCAAAAAUGUGAACGAUCACACAUUUAACAAACUGGAAGCAGGGGAGCUGUACAAGGUUGUUGUACAGACAAGGAGCGGAACUUUGCACAACAACUCAACAGCCUUUGGGCGAACAAUCCCUGCUCCUGUUCAGAAAUUACAUGCAGACAAUGCAUACAGCAGUUACUCAUUGGUUGUAACCUGGCAAAGCGCUGCUGGUGUGGCUGAACGUUACGACAUCCUGCUUCUGACUGAGCACGGCAUCCCUCUGAGCAACAAAUCAGAGCCAGCUACUGCUAAGCAACACAAAUUUGAAGAUUUAACACCAGGGAAGAAGUAUAAAGUACAAAUAUUGACAGUCAGCGGUGGCCUCUUCAGCCGUCGGGCAGAAACUGAAGGCCGAACAGCUCCAGCAGCUGCCACAAAUCUGAAGGUCACAAAUACGACCACUGGGCGCCUGUCGUUUAGCUGGACAACUUCUCAGGGAGAGCUGGACAAAUAUGAAAUCUUUCUAUAUAAUCCAGACCAAUCUCUCCAGGACAGAACUUCUGGAGACCAGAAUCUCAAGCAGUAUUCUUUCCAGAACUUAGUACAAGGAAGGUUGUACAAAAUGGUGAUUGUUACUCACAGUGGCAAGCUUACUAAUGAAUCGUCCAUCUUUGGGAGAACAGUUCCAGCCUCAGUUACCAAUCUCAAAGGGUUCAAUAAAAACAUGACAGAGAGUCUGUGGUUUACCUGGGACCCAGCAGCAGGAGACGUUGACUCCUAUGAACUGAAUCUCUAUAACCCAAAUGGCACACAGAAAGAAGCACAGUACGGAAAAGACUUGACAGAUUGGCACUUCCAGGGCUUAGUCCCUGGCGGAAUAUACACCCUUGUUGUAGUUACCUAUAGUGGUGACCUGACCAAUACAGCAGAUACUAAAGGCAGAACAGUGCCAAUCCCUCCGAAUACAGUGUCAUUUGCUGAUGUCACCAACACUUCCUUGUCCAUCAUGUGGUUGGGCCCUCCUGACUGGACGGAUUAUGAUGACUUCGAACUUCAAUGGACCCCAAGGGAGACCCUCACAGUUUCCAAUCCUUACAGUAGUAGCAAAUCAAAAGGACGCAAAAUAAAUGGACUCCACCCAGGGAGACUGUAUCACUUCAGUGUUAGGAGCGUUAGUGGAAUCAUUCAUAAAACGUACAGUAAAUCACUUUCUGGAACCGUGAGAACAAGGCCAGACAAGAUACAAAGUUUGCAUUGCCGACCGCAGAACUCGACUGCCAUUGCUUGCUCCUGGAUCCCUCCUGACUCUGAUUUUGAUGGAUAUAGUAUUGAGUGCAAAAAAAUGGACACUGCGGAGAUUGAGUUCUCCAGAAGAAUAGAGAGGGAGAGAUCUGUGUACAACAUCAUGACCCUCGUUCCCCAUACAAGAUACUUGGUUUCCAUCAAAGUGCAGUCAGCCGACAUGACCAGUGAGGUGGUAGAAGACAAUACCAUCACUAUGAUAGACCGCCCUCCACCACCACCUGCACAUAUUCGAGUGAACAAAAAGGAUGCAGUCAUUACCAAAUCUUCCAUCCACUUCGCUUUCAAUUGCAGCUGGUUCAGUGACACCAAUGGAGCUGUGAAAUACUUUACCGUGGUUGUGAGAGAAGCUGAUGGCAGUGAAGAGCGGAAGCCAGAACAGCAUCACCCUUUGCCUUCUUACUUGGAAUACAAACACAACAACUCCAUCCAAAUCUAUCAAACAGAUUAUUUUGCAAGUAAAUGCACUGAAAGCCCUGACAGCGUUUCAAAGAGCUUUGAUAUUAAGCUUGGAGCAGAGAUGGAAAAUCUGGGAGGAAAGUGUGAUCCAAAUCAGCAGAAAUAUUGCGAUGGGCCACUAAAACCCAGGACUGCCUAUAGGAUCAGCAUCCGGGCUUUCACACAACUCUUCAAAGAAGACCUGAAGGAACUUCCUGAACCCCUAUUCUCUGAUACCUAUUUCUCUUUGCCAAUUGUUACCGAGUCAGAGCCCUCACUUGGAGUUGUCGAAGGGGUGAGUGCUGGUCUGUUCCUAAUAAUUAUGCUGGUGGCUGUCACUGCAUUGCUUGUCUGCAGACGAAAAGCAAAUAGUGGCCAUGAAAGACCAACGGUGAGAAUGAGUAUUCGCAGGGACAGACCGCUCUCUGUUCACCUGAACUUGGGACAAAAAGGGAGCCGGAAAGUGUCCAGCCCAGUAAAAGUCAGUCAGUUUGAAAUGCACUUCACCAAACUACAAGCAGACUCAAACUACCUCCUGUCAAAGGAAUAUGAGGAUCUAAAGGAUGUGGGUCGAAACCAAUUGUGUGACAUAGCACUUUUGCCAGAGAACAGAGGGAAAAAUCGAUACAAUAAUAUAUUGCCCUACGACACGACGAGAGUAAAACUUUCAAAUGUAGAUGAUGACCCAUGCUCUGACUAUAUCAAUGCAAGCUACAUCCCAGGCAAUAAUUUUCGCAGGGAAUAUAUCGCAACUCAAGGACCUCUGCCCGGCACAAAGGAUGAUUUCUGGAAAAUGGCAUGGGAACAGAAUGUUCACAAUGUUGUCAUGGUAACCCAAUGUGUUGAGAAGGGUCGGGUGAAAUGUGACCAUUACUGGCCCUUUGAUCAGGACUCCUUAUAUUAUGGAGACUUAAUAGUCCAGAUGCUAUCUGAGUCAGUACUCCCAGAAUGGACAAUAAGAGAGUUUAAGGUUUGCAGUGAAGAGCAGCUUGAUUCCUCUAGACUCAUUCGUCAGUUCCAUUACACGGUGUGGCCAGACCAUGGUGUACCAGAAACCACCCAGUCCCUCAUCCAGUUUGUGAGAACUGUACGAGAUUAUAUCAACCGAACACCCCGUGCAGGACCAACCAUAGUACACUGCAGUGCUGGAGUUGGAAGAACAGGCACAUUUAUUGCACUGGAUCGAAUUCUUCAGCAGUUGGACUCAAAAGACUCGGUUGAUAUUUACGGGGCUGUGCAUGAUCUGAGGCUUCACAGAGUCCACAUGGUCCAAACAGAGUGUCAGUAUGCGUAUUUACAUCAAUGUGUGAGAGAUGUCUUAAGAGCAAGAAAGCUACGCAGUGAACAGGAAAACCCAUUGUUUCCAAUAUAUGAAAAUGUGAAUCCAGAGUAUCACAGAGAUGCUGUUUAUUCAAGGCACUAAAACUCCAACAGAUUCCUGCUUGUUGCAGUUGUAUCUGUUGGUUUUUUUAAAAAAAAAUAUUUUAUGCACUACAGAAGUGCCAGACAUGUUUGAUACUGUGUAUAAUUUAUUAGUCUGGUGACAUUUUUAAAGUAUAUAAUUUAAAUAUAAUAGAUAUUGUUGUAUAUAAGUGUACUUUGCUAUUGUGUAAAUAUGUAUUUUAUCUAUAAUGUUUAUAUUAAGCUUCAGAUAAUACUAUUUUUCCAUGCUAAAGUUAUUUUAAUGAAUUCUUCCCUAUAAACUAUCUUUUGCUGAAUAAGUAGCAAGUUUUUAAGCAUGAGAGAAAAAUGUGUAACACAACACUUCCAGGCAUGGGUGGGCAACCAGCACACCUAGACUAGCUCCUCCUUGCAUCUAUGUUGUUAAGGGUUAAAAAUUAUUGAUCAUUCAAGAGCUGCAAAAGCAUGCAUAUUUCAUACCUUAUGAACUGUG